UGUUCUUGCAGAAUAUAGGUAAAUCGCUUUUUCAAAAAGUACGUAUUAUUAUGCUCUUUCAAAGCGUGGGCAUGACGGUAAUUGCGUUACUGACGCUAGCCAAUGCGGAACCAUCGCUUUUUAAUAGCUCACCUAAAGAGCAAAGGGAUAAAUCCGCAAAGUUGCCGCCCUGCAGUGCCUGCAAGUCCUUAGUAAAGUCCUUUGAACUGGGUCUUGAGAGAACUAAACGUGGCAAACAUGCCGGCGGUGAUGCAGCCUGGGAAGAAGAGAAGCUCCGUUCCUACAAAACAAGCGAAGUGCGCUUAGUAGAAAUUCAGGAGCAACUUUGUGGCGAUGUGAAACGAGGCCAAGAUUCUUGCCACUCCUUAGCGAACGAACAUGAAUCCCUCAUAGAAGACUGGUUCCUUCACAAGCAAAAUGAAUGGCCUGACUUACACGAAUGGUUGUGCAUCACCACGUUAAAGGUAUGCUGCCCAGCUGAAACGUAUGGGUCGUCAUGUCAGCCUUGCAGCAGCUGCAGCGGCAACGGCAAAUGCAAAGGCGCUGGCACACGCAAAGGAAAUGGUCAAUGCUCCUGUGAUUCUGGGUACACUGGAUCCCAUUGCGACAAGUGUGCAGAGCAAUACUAUGAAUCAUUUCGCGACGCUUCAAAACUGCUCUGUACACCUUGUCAUGCAGCAUGCUCAGGUGGCUGCACAGGUGCUGGUCCCAAUAGUUGCCAAAAGUGCAACCCCGGCUGGCAUAGGGACUCAGAUAAUGGGUGUGUCGAUAUCAACGAAUGUUUAGAACAAAACAAUGUUUGUCGCCUACAACAGUUUUGCGUAAAUAACGAGGGUUCGUACACAUGCCUGGAAUGUGAUCGCUCCUGCAAUGGCUGCGAUGGUGAUGGACCAGACAUGUGCAGACAAUGUGCGGAUGGUUAUAAACUGAAGGAUGGCAAGUGCCAAGAUCUUGCGUCAGAGAGUCGGGAAUCUUACGUGUACAUCACGCGCUUUCUCACCUACUUUGGCAUGUGCAUUGCUACAUGCGUCAUCUUUCAAAGCUCCACACAUAUUGCCUACAUUGUAGGGGCAGCUGUUGCCAUCUAUAUAGCUGCCUCCGAAUAUUGGUUAAAUUCAGCACCACACGGCGGCCAUAAGCCUCAAUUCGACACAAAGCAAUUAGAGGAAAUGAUUAUGAAGUCCUUAUAAAAGAAAUUAGAAUCGAGGAAUAGGGCAUUAAUUUUAUUCUGUGAAUAACUUGCUCUUUAUGGAUCCUGUCAAUUCACUCUUUAAUUUUAUCUAAAAAAAUUGUAUAUAUAUUUUGUUUGCAGUGGGAACGGCAACAGAGGCUUCAGAAGUAGCCAUGUCUAUAGAGACGGCAGAGCGCGUGGAAUUAUAACAUACAAGCCAUUAGUCAAUUUUUAGUUCUAUUAAAAUCUUAGUUUUAUUAAAUUUUCAUAAAUAAUUCGGAGUAAUUAUGCAUACCCAGAACUGUAAAAGAAACGUUCGUAUUAUAAAAAUGAAAAAUGUGUAAAUUA